UAUACUGGUGCGUGGUUCCGAAUUGCACAUUUAGGACCAACCGUUGAUUAUUUACCCCAAAGCGCAACUGCUGCGCUUAUGAAACUGAUUCCGAAUGGAGAAAAUUUGAAUAUGAUUGAAUAUUACGAGAGCAAUCAAACUUGCCAUGGACCGAUUUAUGGCGUUUGGGUAAAGCAAGUGAACGGAUAUGUGAUGCGUGUUCGUGUUGAAAACACCGUAUUCGAAAUGGCAAUACAAGCGAUAUUCCAUGAUUAUUCGGGUGAAGAUAACGAUGAAAUGAACAUGGUAUUAUAUGGCUGUCGUCGUUUCAAGACUGACGACAGCUGUGAAGUCGGUGAACAAAUGGCUUCAAUUGUUAGCAAUUCAAGACAUCCGCAAACAUUGGCCGUAGCGUCAUGUGGUGAUGAGAUUGUGGAUAAUGAUCAAAAACUUGUGAAUGCGCAAAUAGAUUCAGAAGGUGAAUUGAUCGAAAGCGAAUGCAAAGAUGAACCUAGAACGCUGACCGUUACCGCAUUCAUGGAUCCAGUUUUAUUAAAAGAGGACAUUUCACAUAUAAGCUGUUUUUUCACAAGCAAGUAUGAAGCCAACUGCGAAUGGAUAAGGCAUGAAAUGUGUUUCAAAAGUAAUCUGACACAGUCGUUUCAAGAUGCGUUUACGAUUGAAUCGUCAACGAUUCUACAGCUGAAAAACACUUCGUCAAUCGAUAUCGACUGGUCAGGAACGCUUCUUUGGCAUAAUGGUGAUGAAUGCAUCAUUUAUAAGUGCAUUGAUAUCAAUGAAGAUGGCACUUGUGAUCAGUAUCGUAUCUAUGUGUGGAGUGAUGAAGAUUUGAUGGAUCAACCAACCAUACGUACGAUCUACGAUGAACUUGAUACGAUCUGCUGUGAUCCGACAAACCUCAUUUUUCUGAACACAUUUCAUGAAUGUGAUGAGGCGAACAUGGUGAAGGUACCAUCAGUGAAAUGUGGCUUACUACCUGGAUGGUCACCGGUUAACACGCAAUUAUUAGAAGGCGUUUGGUUUUUUGCAGCUGAUAUCAAUGCUGAUCCAAAAAUUUAUAUGCAAUCAGCAGUCGUUGAAAUGACAACGAGUAGAGCAAGUUAUGCUGAUUGUUUCAAUACUCAAAUGACAGUCCUUUCCAAAAGGCAAAAUCAAAUUCUUUACGUAGAUAACUUGCGAAUGCUGCUUUAUUGGUGCUUCAAUCGUGCACAGAAUGGCUCUUGCAUACAAUAUGAUGUGGAUAUAUUAGUGCGCACUCGGCAUUUGGCCUAUCAUGAUCUAGCAAUUCUAGAUCCAUAUUUAAAAAUGGCUUGUGUUAGUCAUGACCAACUCAGGUGGUUCGAUCUGCAUUCUCGUUGUGGUUUGGAUAUGAGUCAAACAACGAAAUUGCGAAGAACGGUGAUGACGCUUUCUCAUAAGGAAGUACUCGAUAUACUUACGAAUGUGCAAGAACCUCGGUGUAAGAAAGAGCUGCUCAAAGGUCUUAAAGUUGACUUGUCAGCGAUUGAAAAAGCUGGUAAAUGGCUACUCGUUUCACGUUAUGAUCAUUUUGAAUUCGACACAUACGCUAUGAUUGGUCGAAUACGAUUAAUUGAACCUGGAAAAGCGAUCGUCAAAGUUUUUCAAUCUGCUGCAAGAUCGGGUUCACAGAAAAAAUGCUACCAACGAAUGUUUGUUUUGAUUGAACAUGCUGACGGUGAUGAUAAUGGCGAUAUCACUUAUCACCUUUACUUUGAAUCAUUGCUGGGUUCGAAAGCGUUCAGUAAGCUAUUUUUAGUGUUGAUCUUACGCUUUCUCUUCAUGAAUCGCCAUGUUGGAGUAAUUUAUUCGUGUAUUGCCUAUAAUAAAACUGGACAAUGUGCUGAGAAUGCUCUUUAUGUGAUAUCGCGACAUGAGUCAAUUGAUCACACUGAACUGAGUGUUCUUGAAACAGUUGCGAAUAGUGUUUGUAUACCGGUUGAGCAUCUCGUUCAUGUCGCAUUUCAUGAUGAUUGCAUCCACGAGAACCAUCAUCUUAAAUUGGCCACAGUAGCGUUCUCAACUGUUUCAGUACUUCCUAAACCAGUAACAUUCGACGAAAAUAUCCAGCAACUGAAGCAUCGUUAUAAGAAUAACACAUAUUUUGCUAUUGCAUCUUCAUCGCCUGAACGACAACCAUUCCUACUGAAGUUUAACAACGGAUAUGUUCAAAAGUUAGCACAAUAUUCUGGAGAAUUUCCAUCCUUAUUACCUAUCAAAUACGACUAUACAAUUGUUAAUCAAACUAAAUGUGAAGCACUCUUAAAGCCUUCAUGUCUCCCAAAACCAAUCCAUUUUCAUCCAUCGCAGGUAGCAACCACAGGUGAAGUGGCAAUGCUCAAUGAACACUUCGCAAUACUAUAUUCCACUUGUGAUCAAUAUUGCACUCAAUUACCCGAUGAACGUCGUGCAACAGUUUGGACUCGAAACGAAAGUACCGAAUUGAACGAUUCAGUGCGAAACGUGCUUCAAAAUCUAUGCAUUCUAGAUGAUGAAAUGGACAAUAAGACUGGUGAGAGCAAAUGUUGGUGA